ACACGGAGCCAAUAAACUAAGGAAAGAACCUCCCAGUUUGGUUUACCAGAAUUUCCUUGUUCAAAAAAACAAAAAACACUGGACUUAUUUUGUUGUAGAUACAGGACAGUUUAACUGAGCAAAUUUGUUACAGCACUGUAGCAGUGCUGUGGGCAAGGGGACGUACCUAGAUACGCCAACCAGCGGGGACAAAUUUCAUUUCAAGGAGAAAUAUUGCUACUUGGGAGAAGAGAUACCAAAGCCUUUAGGGCUAAGAGGAGGUACAGUACAAAGAGACGAAGUGAGACAGGAGUGAUAACAAGGGAUUCACAGCCAUGGAGGAGAUAGAAAACUACAGCAGCCUGCAGGAGUUCACUGAGGAACUGACACCUGGAGGGAACAGGCUAAUUCGUGAACACAGCAAUGGCUCCCCGAGACUGAAGCGGGGCAUCGAGUGUUUGAGGAGUCAGACUGCUCUCCUGAUACUUAUUGGCUUUUUGGCCUCCAUCUGCGGCAACAUCGUACUCACUGUGCUUUUGAUUGGCAGGCCAGUGCCAGGUGCCUCCCUGGACUCCUCAUCUUUAGGUUUCAAACUGAACUCGAUGCAGAGACGUUACAUCCAGCUGUGUGAGGACUACACCGCCCUGGGACAGAGCUGUUCAAAGACAGUUAAGAAGUGCUCAGAGUGUCCUGAUGGUUGGCGUCAAUUUGGGGAUCAGUGUUACCACUUCAGCGGUGACAAGCUGGACUGGCUAAAGAGCAGAGACAGCUGUGCAGAGAUGGGCAGCCAUCUUAUCAUACUGCACACCAUGGAACAGCAUGACGAUCUGGGAAAAGAAGCCAGAAGAGUUGGCGGUUUGGAUUACCACUUCUGGAUUGGCCUGUCUGACAUAGAGAAGGAAGGAGACUGGAGAUGGGUGGACAACACAACAUUGCAACACAAAUAUUGGGAUCAGUUCAGCUCAGAGCCAAAUAAUCACCAGUCAGGAGGGGUACAUGGAGAGGACUGUGCCACCUUAGACAGCCAUGCAAAGACAUGGUUUGAUGUUCCUUGUGAACACAUUUAUAAACGGAUCUGCCAAAUGGAUGCCAUUCAGCUCAACUGAAUCCCCAUACAACUGAAAAUACUGCACAACUGGGAAGUCUGGAAACUGUACAUUGUGUUGAUUGCUGUUCUACUGCUGUCUUUUUUUCAAGUAAAUUUAAAACAAAAAAAACGACAUUACAAGUGAAGUUACAUUGCAGUAUUGCAGUAAUUUUAGAUAGAGAAGGAGGUCAAUAUUUGAGUAAAUAAGAAAUACAUAAGGUUACAGUUUUUGGAGCAUGUCCAUUUACAAUCAAAGAGCCUAUUAUUAAAUGUAGUUUCUUGUAUAUUUUAUCUGAAUUACUUUUAUUUGAAUGUCAGGUCAUCUAGGUCUGACAUUAGAAAAUUGUCUUUAUAUUGAAAAGUUGAAUGCCACAAUUACUGAACUUACUACUAGUGUGAAGUUUGGGCAUGAUUGUUGUCUCAUUAUGCUGUUCAUUGUUGGUAGAGAUUUGUGCAAAUUCACAACAAAUUAUUUCAGAAAUAACAUUUUAUUUUAGGUUGCUUUAACUUUUAUUAAUCUUGUUGAACCCUUGCACUGUGUCAGGCUUUUGAGACUAAAUGCAUGCCAAUAAUAUUAUCUUUUUU